UUUGUAGGCCCUAAUUAAGUUCAAUAUUUUACACUAAAAUAAAUAUUAACUACCCUCUCUAGUGACACUUCAACUGUUGAUUCCUACUAACUUUGUCUACUGACACUCCAACUGAUUGAUUCCUCCAAACUUAUCUUUUCACAUUUACAACUAUAUAUUGACUCCUCAAUAUUUGUAGUUCAUCAAUAAAACACACAUCUUUUUCGAUUUGCUUCUGCUAUAGCCUAUAGCGGAAGAUGAGAAAUUGGAACUUUAUUGUGUUUCUCUGUCUUGCUUUCGUAUUGAGAGUUGAAUCCUUCAAAUUUCAUAGGAUUGAUCAACACGUUGAAAGAAUCUCCGGAAGUGCUGGUGAUGUGUUGGAGGAAGAUCCUACAGGUAGGUUGAAAGUUUUUGUAUAUGAGCUUCCAAGCAAAUAUAACAAGAAAACUGUGCAGAGGGACUCGCGAUGCCUCAGUCAUAUGUUUGCUGCUGAGAUAUAUAUGCAUCAGUUUCUGUUAUCCAGUCCUGUUCGAACACUUGAUCCAGAGGAAGCAGAUUGGUUUUACACUCCAGUUUACACAACUUGUGAGUACUUGACACCACAUGGUCAUCCUUUACCUUUCAACUCACCACGUAUGAUGAGAAGCGCGAUUCAGCUUAUUGCUUCUAGCUGGCCAUACUGGAACAGGACACAAGGGGGUGAUCAUUUCUUCAUUGUACCACAUGAUUUUGGUGCAUGUUUCCAUUUUCAAGAAGAGAAAGCUAUUGGAAGAGGUAUUCUUCCGUUGCUCCAGCGGGCUACCUUGGUUCAAACUUUUGGACAACGGAAUCAUGUUUGUUUGAAGGAAGGAUCGAUAACUAUUCCUCCGUAUGCUCCUCCACAGAAAAUUCAGUCUCAUUUCAUCUCUCCUGAUACUCCAAGAUCCAUAUUUGUCUAUUUCCGUGGCUUGUUUUAUGACAAAAGAAAUGAUCCUAAAGGCGGGUACUAUGCAAGAGGCGCUCGAGCAGCAGUGUGGGAGAACUUUAAGGACAAUCCACUCUUUGAUAUUUCUACAGAUCAUCCAACUACAUACUACGAAGACAUGCAACGAGCUAUCUUUUGCUUGUGCCCUCUCGGAUGGGCUCCGUGGAGUCCUAGAUUGGUUGAAGCUGUUGUAUUCGGAGGCAUCCCCGUUAUAAUAGCAGAUGACAUUGUCUUGCCAUUUGCUGACGCAAUCCCAUGGGAUGAUAUAGGAUUGUUCGUAGCGGAGAAGGAUGUUCCAUAUUUGGAUAACAUUCUUACUUCUGUUCCACCACAAGAAAUACUGAGGAAGCAGAGAUUGCUUGCCAAUCCUUCAAUGAAGCAGGCUAUGUUAUUUCUACAACCUGCUCAACCAGGUGAUGCUUUCCACCAAAUCUUGAAUGGACUUGCUCGUAAAUUACCCAAUCAUCACAAGACCAUAUACGGAGACAACAACGUCUUAAACUGGACUGCUGGUCCAGUUGCUGAUCUAAAACCUUGGUAGGAUCAAGCUGAACCUCAAGAUAUCCUUGGCUGAUUCAACAAGUGAUUCUUUGCAUGAUAUCACCUUAAUAGAUUUUAGAGUCAGCAUGUCUGCAAAGGGAGAAGGAUUGUGACUUUGAGUACCACAAGCUCGGUGAGGAUUGUGACUUACUCAAGACUAUAUAUACGACAGUUGAAUAGUGUUAAUUUCUUGAGACAUGGCGUAAAGUUCAUCUCAGCAAAGGUACAGAAAGGAUCCCCGGAACAUUUGAGCAUUUCAAGCUUAGUAAGAUUGUUAAAUGCAGGAAAGAAACUAUCACAUUUUGAAACUUCACAUCUCAGUUUUUGAAGAUUUGGUGCCUUGCCAAGG